AUUAAGCUCGACCCAAUAUGUUAACGAAUUGAUAUACCCUAAACUCAACUCGACUCGCAUCAUAAGCAACCCUAAUUGCUCGUAUUAAUAUUCCCUUCUUGUGCAACUCCAAUUAAUUAACAAAUUCAUCAGAAAAAUUAGAAUACAGUGAUAUAGUGAAUACCGACUAUCGAAUUCUACGAAGAAAUAGUCAGAAAUUUAGAAUUGAUCAAUUGAUUUUGAAGACCCAAAUUUACUUCUCCCUGUCAAUCGCCUUUCGCAUUAGCGAGGAAUUAUGAAAUUAGGGUUUAUGGAUUUCGAUUAUUAUUAAAAAAAUUCACAUGGAAUACAAAUGUAGGAAAAAUUCAAAGCUUUGGGCAUUGUUAUGGAGAGAGAAAAUGUAAAUAUCUAUAGAAACAAGGAGAGAACAACGAAGAGGAAACAGAUAUUAGAGAAGAAGAGAGUUGUAAAUGGGUUGAUCAAAGCAGCUUCUUCCCUAAAAGACCCUCUUGCUUCUUUUCCUGAAUUUCUUCACUAUAAUCAACAAGGUCUCUGUUUAUGCUUGGAGGGAGGACGUGGGACCAAGCUAUCACGUUUCUUGAAGCAGUAUGUUCAGAAACUGGUUAAGCAAAACAUGGAGCAAUAUUAUGGAACUGAAUGGCCCAAAGAAGAAAAGGUGAAAUGUAGAGAAAUGAUUGCUCCAGAGGCACGCUACAUUUUUGUGUAUGAAGUUCCAAUUGUGAUUAGCAAUACUAAGAAGAGAUUGAUGCCUACAAAUGAUCAUAAGGGUGAUGUUGUUGGAUUUGUGCACUACCGUUUUAUAAUGGAGGAGGAGCUUCCUGUUCUCUAUGUAUAUGAGUUGCAACUUGAGCCAUGCAUACAAGGCAAAAGACUUGGGAAACUAUUGAUGCAACUUCUAGAGCGUAUUGCUCGUAAGAAUUGUAUGGCUGCUAUAAUGCUUACAGUUCAAAAGGCAAACUUGUCAGCUAUGUUUUUCUAUACUAGUAAACUAGGGUAUUGUAUAUCACGUAUUUCCCCAUCAAGAGUUGAUCCAGUGGUAGGAUUAGGAAAGAGUUAUGAGAUCCUUUGUAAAGCAUUUGAUCAGGAAGCUAAAAACAAAUUGGAGUAAUCUGAUAAGGAUACUUGAUGUUUCUUAGCAAGAGAGGCGGCAGCAACACUUGCUAGCAAGCAAGUGCACGGGGUAAUCAUAAACUUGAAUUGAAGAUUUGAAGCUUCGGAUGUUGAUCCACUUGUUUCAAUGAAUCGAGUAUUUAUUGUUAUUGGGAUCAUACUCGAUUACUCGGUUUUGAAUGAUCUUACAAAAAGGAAUAGUAGUCAUUCCUAUACUUAUGCUGUAUAUACUUUAUAACCUGUUAUAAUCUUAUUGAUUUCUCUGUAGUCUAUUGCUGCACAGGUAAUUAAGGUUAAUGUCGUUUUCAAAUUAUAAUUAGUGAUAAUGGAAUUAUGUGUUCUCAUGCAA